AUGGCUGGUCUCAUAGCGGUACAGGACGAAGAUAGCUCCAAGGAUCCGGCGCUGGCGGCAAUCCUGCACGACUCUCGCAGACGUGCGUCCCGCAUUACUAUGGGAAUGCUGCUGUUUAUGCUCUCACAGUGCUUCGUCUGGUAUCCCAUUCCCCUUGUUGUGCAUGCAGAAGAUCGGCGGCUUCCACUUUCGCAGCACGCGUGGGACAACAACAGUAACUACUACCCACUCUCGUACACUGUCCAGUGCGUAUGUGGCCUGUAUGUGAGCCAGAUCAGCUUCGCUCUGGACUGCCUGUUUGCAUCCAUCUUGAUCCUCGUAGUUGCUCAGCUGAAGAUCCUCGGAGAACGUAUUUUGAAGUUGAAGCAGGAAGUGAUUCCAGUAGAGGCAAACGAAAAUCCUCUUCGGUGGGAUCAGAUACCGACAGACAAACAUUAUGACGGAAUGUUCAGAAGAUUGUGCGUUUGCAUCGACAGCCACCAAAAGAUUCUCAGGUACGUUAGUGGUUAA